AUGCAUUGUCAUUCUCUUUUCUUUUUCUUUUCAUCGUCCCUGCCUUUUUCCCUUGUGCCGUGCACUUUUCAACGACCCCCCUUACACAUCAUGGUCAAAGCCCUCGCUCUACUGCCGUUCUUCGUCGCUCUUUUGGCCGGCGCAGCCCCCAUGCCGCAUGUGCACGAUGGAGCUCUGAUUGAACGUCAAUUUGGUCCGCCUGGAGGCGCGCCCCCACCAGCUGCUGGGCCGCCAGCUGCGGCGGGUGCUCCGCCCGCACAAGGGCCUCCCCCACAGAGGCAAGGUGGCGGUCGCGGCCGUCCGGGUCAGGGUCCCGGACAAGCGCCAGCCGCACCUGGCGGUGCUCAAGGUCCUCCGCCGCAAGCUGGCGGGCAAGCGCCAGCCGCAUCUGGUGGUGGUCAAGGCCCGCCACCGCAAGCUGGUGGGGUUCAGGGUCAAGGUCCCCCAGCUGGCGCUCCUCAAGGAGGUCCAGGCGGCGGUCGCGGUCGUUUUGGUCAAGGUCAAGCCGCGCAAGGUGCACAGGCUGGUCAAGCUCCACCCCAACUUCAAGGCGGCGCUGCUGCUCCAGGCGGCGCACCAGCAGCCGGUCAAGGUCAAGGUUUUGGAGGCCAACGAGGUGGACAAGGUGCUGGUCAAGCUCCGGCUCCACCCGGCGCUGCUCAAGCACCACCUGCUGCUCAAGCACCACCAGUACCACCAGUGGUCCAAGCACCACCAGUGGUUCAAACACCACCAGCCGCUCCAGUCCCUCCCGCCGUUGCCGGUCGCGGUUUCCGCCGAGUAGCUCUCCGUAAUGUGCAACCCUCCGGUCCUUUCCCCGCCAUUCCAUGCAGCCCGCUUGCUUUCGUGAAAGCCGGCGACCCCGAUGCCAAUCUCGUCAAAUGCCGCAAUGCUCCUGCAGGAGGAAUUGGAAUCCAGUGCACGAACAACCCCAAUCCAGUUGAGCUUCUCCAGCCGUGCAGCGAAGUUGAGGGCAAGCAGGUCAUCAUUUCGGAGAACGCUGUUGCCCCUGAUGCCAACACGAUUGUUGUUUCGCCUCACCUCUUUGACGGGUUCGGUGCUGCAGGGCGUCGUGGCCUCUGA